GAACGAUUGCCACGAUUAGUUUGGCCACAAUGUCAACAAGAGGUAGAAGUAGCUUUUGCAAGCUGACGCUAUUGGUGCUGCUUGUGAUAUUUGCUCUAUUGCUACUGCUGACUUCGCUGCACAACGCCGACAAUCAGAUGCGAGUACAGCAAGCGCAGCUUAUGGUGCAAGUGAAGCACGUCCAGCAGUCGUCAGUAAAUGUUAGUAAGAGUGAGUGGACAGCGCCGGGGGUGCAAGAUUUGAAGGAACCCAUUGAUGAGGAGCUGGUGAAACAACUUGAGCACGAGCUACCCGAGGUGGACUAUGGCUUCUGGUAUCACUAUGCAAAGCCGCAGAAUUAUCGCAAGAGCAGAAACUGCUCCCAGUAUCCAGAUCCGCUCGAUCUGCAGCUGCACAACAUUUACUGGCAGACAUUCAGCAAUAGAAACGUGACGUUCCGUCUCUAUGCCGCCUACGUAGAUCUGCGGGCCGGCCUCAAAUCGAAACUGGGUGUGGUACGCAUUCUGGCAACGGCCAACCAAAUUGCCAACGAAUUCCCGCCAACCUACUGCCAGCUGUGGUAUGCCGAGCAUAAGGAGCCUGUUAUAACACAGGUCAGCGAGUGGUUGAGCGUGUGGCCAGCGGCCUGGGGCCAUCCGGCACAGCUCAGCUAUCCGCAUCUGAUCAGCUGUCCGGUUCCCAACUUGCCAGCCAACCUUAAGGAAUCGACGCCACGCACCGUCUCGCUCGUGAAAGAGAGCUGUGAGUCUGCCAGCAACUCGCUGCGUGUCCACUACGAUCGCCCACCAAUACCAAUACCAACAUCAGCACCAACAGGGCUUCCACUGUUCGCGAAUGCCACCUUCAGUCCCAGUUCGAAUACGUUUCACAGCCGUAAUUCUAGUUCCACGCUCAGCUUUGGCGUUUGCAUCAAGGGAUUUGAUUUUCCGUUCAUCGAUCUAUCGGAACGCCUCAUCGAGUGGUUCGAGCUGCAACGUUUGUUGGGUGCCUCCCGCAUCUAUGCGUACAUGUACGAUGUUCAUCCUGCAGUGCAACGUGUGCUGGACUAUUAUCAGCGCAUUGACUUCCUGGAGCUACGUCCGCUGACGAUGGCCAAUGGGAUGCCACGUUUGAGGCAUUAUCAGCAUUUGCUGCUACAGAAACGGCGAAUGAUCAAGCGGCUCAAUGAGCUGAUACCCUACAACGAUUGCUUCUAUAGGAAUAUGCAUCGUCACGACUAUCUUCUCAAUGUGGACAUCGAUGAGGUGAUUAUGCCGCUGGGCACGCUGCGCACCUGGCAUGAUGUACUCGAAGCGGAUCGCCCAAAUACGAUAGCCAAGUGCCCCAAUGGUCAUGUGGCUCUGUGCUUUAUCAACACGUACUUCACCAAGGUGGUGCCUGAGGCCCAAAAUCACGAGCAGCAAGAGGCCGAUGAGCUCUUCGUGCUGCAGCACACGAUGCGGCACCGUAACUACUCGCUGCCCAAUCGUGCAACCAAGUGCUUCCACAACACACGCUACUCACUGGUGCUGCACAAUCACUAUACGCUCAAGUGGCUGCCGGGUGGCUGCAACCCGAGAACGUUCGACACGAAACUGGCCCAAAUGCAGCACUAUCGGGAGCCAGACAAGAAGUAUGAGCUUGCAGAGUUGGUUGAUGAUCGCAGCGCUUGGAAGUAUGCCAUUGAACUGCGUGCGGCUGUCGAGCACGUCGUGAGCCAUCUGGAUGAUGUGCAGGAGCAAGUAUCGUUAGCGGAGCAGGUGUCGUUAGAGGAGCAGGAAACGGAUCUAGAGCAGACGCAGGAGCAGCAGCAAGUGCUGGAACAGGUGCAGUCUGCAAAAGUCAACAAUUAGGAUUAGGAUUAUGUAGAACUAAGAAUAUAUUUUUUUUUUUUGCUAUAGUUAUAUAUAAGACGGCAGUUUACUUACUAAGGCUUUGUGCUUAAGUUAACUAUUAAGUUAAGUUCAAUAAGUAAUUUAUGGAAAUAUAUUACAAAUAGAUAU